GAAGGGGACGGGCACGAGUGGGAAGGGGCACUGUUGCGGCAGUGGAAAACCAAAUCACAGUCCCAGCCUCCCUGGCACGGGCACAGCCCUCACCCCACACGUUGGAAGUGAAUGCUAAGGGUGGCUCUGGUUUGGUUAUAGCUGCCCACUGCCAGUUUGGCAUCUCGCUGCGUCCAGCCUCGGGGAGCAGGUUCUGCCCUAUCCUUUUGGGGACAGGUGCAAUGCCGAGGUGGCAGCGAGCAGGGACACAGGUGGAUGAACCGAGGGCUCUCAGAGAUGGCAGUCAGCAGCAUGGAGCUCAGAAGUCAGCCAGCUGAGGGGGUGCCUGGGGCAGCAACGUGCCCGUGGUGCCGGCCGAGGCCAUGCACAGGCGAGCCCUUGGCUGCUGCAGUGGCGAGGAGCCGACGUGCACGGCGGGAGGCUGCAGGCAGGGAUUCCCCGAAAUGCACGUGACAGCCAGAGCUGCUCCUGGCACAAACUCCUAAGAGGAGGGCCUGCGCAGGGAACACAGCACAGCUCCCUGCCUGCUUCCCGGGCUGGAGCUGAGCCUAAAACCCAGCACUAACGCUUGUCACUUCCCCCCAGCCCUUCUGCACUGCUGGGAAAUCCCACCUCUGCUCAGACAGAGACAUGUCCCCAGGAAUAGGAGGGAGACAAGACCCUUCUCAGCCCCCAAAACCUCCUCACGCCCUACUACAAGGCAAUCCCAGACACCACCAGACCAGGCAGAGCAGUUGCUGCUGUAGGCGUUACCUGAGUUGGGGCUCUCUGAGGAGGGCGGCCAGGUGCACACGGGUAUCCCCUUCUUUCUCAGGACUACUGCUCCUCACAUCUUUCCUCCUGCACGUCAAAGAGGGCCAUGCCAGGCCAAUGGGGCCAAUCUGCGACAAUAGACUGAUCCAGAAGUACAUCGGGGAGGCCAAGGACAUGGAGAAGAGAGUGGUGAGGAAGCAGUGCCCCCCAAAACCCAGUACCAGGCUGGGCUGGCAAGACAGAGCUGGGAGCAGCUCCUGGCAUCUCACUGCAGCAGCUCUUCUCCCCCAACAGAGCGAGUGCCAGGCACUACCUGCACUCAGCUGCCCCGUGGUUCUGCCUUUGGUGGACUUCAACAUGCGACAGUGGAAAAACAAAUCGGUGAGAGGGGUUGGGAGGAUGGUGCUGGGGUGCCCAUGGGACUUGAGAACGAGCCCCUGGGUAAGCAGAGGGAUACGGUCACCAAACAAGCUGAACAAGAAGCUUGUAGGAACAGUUGGUGGCACAGGAGCAUUGUGUGGGGAUGAGGUGGAGGAUCCAUCUGUAUCAAGGGUGGGCACGGGAACGAUGGGCCUGCAGCCCAGCGCCAGUGGGGUCAGCACACACACUGCUCCACAGGAUGAGAUUAAGCGGCGUGAGAUCCUGUGCAACCUGGUGCUGCUGGUGGGCGCUGUGACAGAGGCUCAGGGCCAGGUGAGCCAGGAAUGCGGGGCUGGGCAGCUGAGCCAGCUCUAUCGACACGCCAGCUCCUUCCUCCUGCUCCUGCAGACCUUUGGCUGGGAGGAAGGGCCCUGGGAGCCAGGCUGCUCCCCACGCUCCAUUGAACAGACUCACGUCACUGAGAUCUUCCUCACCUACCGCCAGCUGGUGCAGGGCAAGCUGCGCUUCUUCUUCCACAACUUGGCUAAGGACUCAUGUGACUGAGACUGGGGGGAAGCAGGGACCUCCAGCCCAGGCCUGAUGAAGCUGUACACAGGAUUCAACACUGACAAGAGGUCAGAGCAAUCCCAUAGGAUGAUGAGCCAUUCUCUGGGUGCCCAGGAAGGUGCCACAGGGAAAGGGUUGGCUCCUUUUCCACAAGCCUUUGGCUAUCACAUAGCUCAGAGUGGCCAAAAGCAGCCAUACCUGUGCAGCACGAGGCACGUGCCCUGUUCCUAUCAGACUGUGAAUGCUUUAACAAUUAAAGAACUAUUUUUCUAAA